ACGUUCGUCACUGCGCGAUAAAACGGCUGCUGAUCCUUUAUAGAGCUGAACGCGUGCGUGUUGCUGAGUAGAACUUGAUAAGAGCCUCUUCUAUUAAAAAACAAAAACAAAAAAAAAUCUUUGGACCGUCUCCGCGGAUGCGCACCGACCUUGGAGUCGCCAGACGCGCGCAGCGGAGGAUUUUGCGCACUGAGAACUCCAGUGGAGCUGAGGAGAGCGCACGGCGCACUGCUGUCUGCACCCGCAGCCCUGUCAAUGGGAUCCCUCCUCACUUUACUUAAAGUCUACAUCUCGUUUUUGUUCGUGCCGCUGCUCGGGAUGAAUUAGAAGAACGCAAAAAUAUUACACUUUAUUUCACUUUGGGUUCGUUCGCAACUUGUUUUGCGCAGCGAAAGCGCAUAAAUGUUUGCAGCUGUGGGGAAGAAAUUCAGCAAACCUUUUGGAAGGAUUUUGUUUUUUAAAGGAGCCUUUUUCUGAGGUGGAUAAGAACAAGGAUGAUUCUUCCAGAUAAGUGAGGUAUUACCUUUGCGCAACGGUAAAUCCCAGCAAUGAUCCAGCGGCAUGUGCGCCUGCCUCUCUCCACAUCUCCCAGAGAGGAUUUAAGUGCCGUUCGCCUUGAGUAAGUCGAGAAGUCAUCGAAGAUGCGAGCCCUGCAGACACUGCUCUUUGUUUUUCUCCUGUACCAGGUCACAUGCAGGAAAGUACGCGGAGCCGCUACGGAGCUCAUAAAGUGGGAGGACGGCGACAAUGAGCAGAGGAUUUCUCCCACAGGGGCCAGUCCGCGAAUCCUCAACCCCCUGCGUUUAUUUGCCAGAAGCUCCCCCGUGUUCAAGAGCAACAUGAGGGAGAUGACAUAUUUACAGAACAUGGAGGACUUCUGGGACUGGUUAUCUAACCAGACAGAUGUCCAGAGUGUGCAGGCCAGAACUAAACGCCGGCCCAUUGUCAAAACUGGCAAAUUCAAAAAGAUGUUCGGCUGGGGGGACUUCCACUCCAACAUCAAGACGGUCAAACUCAACCUGCUGAUCACAGGAAAGAUCGUGGACCACGGGAACGGCACAUUCAGUGUUUACUUCCGCCACAACUCGACCGGCCUGGGGAACGUGUCGGUCAGCUUGGUGCCGCCAUCCAAGGUGGUGGAGUUUGAGCUCGCCCAGCAGUCCACGCUGGAGACCAAAGACACCAAAUCGUUCAACUGUCGCAUUGAGUACGAGAAGACGGACCGCAACAAGAAGACUGCCCUGUGCAGCUUUGACCCGUCCAAGGUGUGCUACCAGGAGCAGACGCAGAGCCACGUGUCCUGGCUGUGCUCCAAGCCCUUCAAAGUCAUAUGCAUCUAUAUCGCAUUUUACAGCGUGGACUAUAAACUGGUGCAGAAAGUUUGCCCCGACUACAAUUACCACAGUGACACGCCCUACUCCUCCACAGGAUGACCCCAUCAUUAGUGUGCAUCGAGCGUGUUCUCUCUUUAGUUAACAUCCUGUAAAUAUAUCAAAUCGCUCUCUAAACUCAGAGUCCCUCAAUGCUUAAAAACCUGCAAGCUGUUGCAGAACGUGCAAUGUUCUUUUCAUGGGAAUUGGCGCGUUAAUAAAAAUUUUGCAUAUCAUCACAAGGUGUAAGGUUCAGCAGCCAGACUGGGAUCAUUCUCGUGGUUGACUUGGGAUAGAUAUGUGACUCCGCCCAUCAGAAGGGUGCGAAUUCUGUGCAAAGCACUGGCAGUUAGUAUCAUAUCCCGAUGUUUUAUAUGCAGCUUCACUUCAGGUGGUCAGGCUCCCUGUUAGAAGUAUGUCACUGGCUUCUUCUAAACUAGGUGUUAAAACUGUCAUUUAUGGGGAAAAGAAUGUAAGAAAUUCAAAUAUGCAUUCAUCAUGAUAGCAUUAAAGGAGUCAUAUUGUGACAAUUGGUUUUAUGUACUUUUAACACUUAAACAUAGGUCUCAUG